GCUCCCGGGCUCUGUUGCCUUGGGGUCUGUCCCUGCGGGCGCAGUGGCCUGACUUGGCGGGAGGGGCGGCCCUGUGGGGGUCGUGCCUCCUGGUGCCAACCCGGGACGUCAGUCCUGGAGGCAAGGGUCACUCAUGUUGUGGAGAAAACGAUGAACAUUUCAGAGAAUGUGCUGUCUUCUGGAUCCUCACUAGCAUCGCAGGUUCAUGCUGCGGCAGUGAAUGGAGAUAAGGGUGCCCUUCAGAGACUCAUUGUUGGAAACCCUUCUCUUAAAGACAAAGAGGACCAGUUUGGGAGAACUCCACUUAUGUAUUGCGUGUUGGCAGACAGAUUGGACUGUGCAGAUGCUCUUAUAAAAGCAGGAGCAGAUGUCAAUAAAACUGAUCAUAGCCGGAGAACAGCCCUUCACCUUGCAGCCCAAAAGGGAAAUUACCGCUUUAUGAAACUCUUGCUUACACGCAGAGCAAACUGGAUGCAGAAGGAUCUAGAAGAGAUGACACCUUUGCACCUGACUACCCGGCAUAAGAGCCCCAAGUGUUUAGCCCUUCUGCUGAAGUUUAUGGCCCCUGGGGAAGUGGAUACACAGGACAAAAACAAGCAAACAGCUUUGCACUGGAGUGCCUACUAUAACAACCCAGAGCAUGCAAAGCUGCUCAUCAAGCAUGACUCCAACAUUGGAAUUCCUGACAUGGAAGGCAAGAUCCCACUCCACUGGGCAGCCAACCACAAAGACCCGAGUGCUGUGCAUACAGUGAGAUGCAUCCUGGAUGCUGCUCCAACAGAGUCUUUAUUGAACUGGCAAGACUACGAGGGCCGCACACCUCUUCACUUUGCAGUGGCCGAUGGAAACCUAACAGUGGUGGAUGUCUUGACCUCCUAUGAAAGCUGCAACAUAACAUCUUACGAUAACUUAUUUCGAACGCCACUUCACUGGGCAGCCUUACUAGGCCAUGCACAGAUUGUCCAUCUCCUUUUAGAAAGAAACAAGUCUGGAACUAUCCCUUCCGACAGCCAAGGAGCAACACCCUUGCACUAUGCAGCUCAGAGUAACUUUGCUGAAACAGUUAAAGUGUUUUUAAAGCAUCCUUCUGUCAAAGAUGAUUCCGACCUGGAAGGAAGAACAUCCUUCAUGUGGGCAGCAGGGAAAGGCAGUGAUGACGUGCUCAGAACUAUGCUCAGUUUAAAAUCUGACAUCGACAUUAACAUGGCUGACAAGUAUGGAGGCACAGCUUUACAUGCUGCUGCCCUUUCUGGCCAUGUCAGCACUGUGAAGUUAUUAUUGGACAAUGAUGCUCAAGUAGAUGCUACUGACGUCAUGAAACAUACUCCACUCUUCCGAGCCUGUGAGAUGGGGCACAAAGAUGUGAUUCAGACACUUAUUAAAGGUGGAGCAAGGGUAGAUCUGGUUGACCAAGAUGGACAUUCACUUCUCCACUGGGCAGCCCUGGGGGGAAAUGCCGAUGUCUGCCAGAUACUGAUAGAAAACAAGAUCAACCCAAAUGUGCAGGAUUAUGCAGGAAGAACGCCUCUUCAGUGUGCUGCAUAUGGAGGGUACAUCAACUGCAUGGCUGUGCUCAUGGAAAACAACGCAGAUCCCAACAUCCAAGACAAAGAGGGACGAACAGCUUUACACUGGUCCUGUAAUAAUGGCUACCUUGAUGCAAUUAAAUUACUGCUAGAUUUCGCUGCUUUCCCUAAUCAGAUGGAGAACAAUGAGGAGAGGUACACACCCCUUGAUUAUGCAUUGCUUGGUGAGCGCCAUGAGGUGAUCCAGUUCAUGCUGGAACAUGGUGCCCUGUCUAUCGCAGCUAUACAAGACAUUGCUGCCUUCAAAAUCCAAGCUGUCUACAAAGGAUACAAGGUCAGAAAGGCCUUCCGAGACCGGAAGAACCUCCUCAUGAAGCACGAACAGCUGAGAAAAGAUGCUGCGGCUAAAAAGCGGGAGGAGGAAAACAAGCGGAAGGAAGCCGAACAGCAAAAAGGACAGCUGACCACAGAUUCCCCCAGACUCCACCUUCUCCCCUGUCCACCCAGCCCCCGGAAUGAGCCCAUUGAGCAGAGUGCAGCCUCUGGCAAACAGCCACCUGCUGGCCAUACAGUCCAGAGCCCUGACCCAGAGCACAGCAGGUCUCCAGGCCGGUGUCCAGGCAGAGCCUCCCACAGGGAUUGCUCCUCAGACCAUCAGGGAGCAGCCUCCAGGAAGCCCAAUGAAACACCCAGGGAACACUGCAGAUGCCCUUCUGCCUGUGUACGCCUCAGAUCCUGUGAAGGCAGUGAUGGCUCCAGGCAUCGGGGAGCAUCCUCUGUGGAGAAGUGUAGAGGUGAGAACAAUGGCGAGCACCAGUGUGAGGAAGGACCAAGCAGGGCCAGGCAGCCCUUGUCCUUUGGGUCGUCAGCCCAGCCUGCUGAGAAAGGAGAGGACUCCAGCCCUCCAAGAGCUUCCAAGCAGGACAGCCCCAGGAAGCCCAGCAGGAGGCAGGACAGGGCCCCCAGGCCCAGAGGUGCUUCCCAGAAAAGGUGCACACACCAGCUAAGAGACAGGUGCUCCCCAGCUGGGUCCAGCCGGCCUGGCAGUGCCAGGGGGGACGUUGCUUGUACUGAACAGAGCCCUCUCCACCGUCGAACACCAAGAAGCAAGGUGACCCAGAACAAGCUUAUAGGAGGGGUAUCCUCAGAUUUGCCACUCAGCACAGAAGAGUUGAGGUCAGGAUGCAAGAUGCUGUGUGAGGACGUUCGGGUAUCUACAGAGAGUGAUGUAAUUCAUGGCUCCCCAUCUGGACAGACUGUGAACAUUCACCUUCUUCCUGUAGAGCAGCGCCUGCAGAUAAUCCAGAGGGAACGGAGUAGGAAAGAGCUAUUUCGCAGAAAGAACAAGGCAGCAGCCAUCAUCCAGCGAGGUUGGCGAAGCUACCAGCUCAGGAAGCAUCUGUCUUGUCUUCUGCACAUGAAGCAGCUCGGAGCCGGAGACGUGAUCAGAUGUAGCCGAGUGUGCACAGCCCUGCUCCUCCAGAUCUGGAAAACAGAAGUAGAAUUCAAGUACCCAAAGUCCAUCUCCAUCAACAGAAUGCCCAAAAGUCUAUCCAAAGGCAUGUCGGCCACAAAGUCAGCCAGGCACUCUGUGCUCAGACAGAUCUAUGGUUGCUCUCAAGAAGGGAAAGUACAUCAUGCCAUCAAAUCUUCCAAAGGCCCUCCUGUUCUGUGUCUCAAUUCAGUGAACAGUUUGCAGUCUAUACAUCUUGACAACAGUGGAAGAACAAAAAAGUUUUCUUACAACCUGCAACCAGCCAGUCAAUCAAAAAACAAGCCAAAGCUUUGACCCUGGGGAAAGGCAGAACCAGUGUGGAGUUCUGCGUUGUAUCAACUGUCCCUUACUCACAAAGCUUCACCGUCUGUACCUAAAGCCUUACUAUCCGGAAUAUGAGGUAGAACUCAAAAGACGAUGUAGCAUUUCCUCCCAGGGCACAGUGAAAGGGCCGGAGAAGACUGUGCUCAUGUGGACUGCCUAGCUGUGUACUUCACCUCAGUCAGUGUGGCUGGAAAUGAGAACUAACACCACCUGCACAAAUGAACUGCUGGUUGGAAUUUCUGACAGUUAGCAGGCACUGGCUUCGUUUUUUCACUCUAGAAAACCUCACCAAGAUGGCAAAUCCGUGCCCAGAAGACUGAAGUACACUGUUGAUUCCUUAGUUAUGUUUCUAGAGUGUCCUGGAGGCUACAAGCUGCAGCCUCGUGCUCACUCAUUCUCUGACUGGGGCUCCACUGCUGAGUGGCACCAAUAAUAAAUGUCACAGCAUCAAGAAACCAUAGGGCAGAACUCACAGUGAGCCAAAGCAGGUCUCUCAUCCACUCUUUAGGAAUACUUGGCUUAAAUAAAGUCUAAGUGAUCAUGGGCUUUCACAGAGGCACAAUUGACAUCAGGCCACUCUUGUGCUAACAGUAAAGCACAUGAAGCAAGUGUUUACCUCACUGAAUUACCUUGACGUUUAGUUUAGAAAAUCAUAUUCAAAAUUAUAAAAACAGGUUUACCUAGAUGUGACCACAGAGGUUCAGCUAAUUUGUUGACAAGUG